AUGCAAAAUGGUAGGAGAAAGCAAGGUUCUUCCGUUGUAGUAACCGCGGAGCAUGUGACUCCGGUCAUGUGCUUGUUACCGAGGAGGGGGCUCACAAUGCUCGACGCGCCGUUGCGAAAACGCAACCAAGCUAUAAAGCUUGUACUGGCAGCUAAAGCGUGCAACGAUAAAGUAAACUUUGACGUGAACAGUGAUGCAACAUACAGCUCAGGUGAGCUCGAAGAUAUCGUGGUAUCGUCCCCAUCGGAAAUGUCAAGGCUGGCAUUGUCUCGGAGGCGGUCACAUGAUGAUGUGACCGCCGACGACUCACGUCCUGGCACGUGGAGGCCCGCGGACGGAAGUGAGAACGCGAGGAAGAAAGUACCGGCGCGCGCAACCGGUCGCUUUAGUGGGACAAUCGAGUUCAAACCUGGCGGCGUUCGGCCGAGAUGCCUAGGAACAUUAGAGUGGAGCGACGCGACAACCAGUACUGUCACGGACGGACAUGAU